CACUCCCGUGAGUUAGUUGACAAGAAAGGGAAGAAGCCUAUGGACCGUGGUAAACCAUAUGGUAGAGGUAAUUAUAAAGCUGGAAGUUGGAAGAAGCCUAGUGGGGGAGACUCUAGUGCUCCUGUUAAGUGCUUUAAGUGUGGGGAACCUGGACAUCGUGUUCACGAGUGCAAAAGUGAAGAGAAGAAGUGCUACCGGUGUGGUAAAGCAGGCCACAUUGCUGCUGACUGCAAGGGAAGGACUGUGACUUGUUAUAACUGUGGUGAAGAGGGCCAUAUCAGUCCACAGUGUCCUAAGCCAAAGAAGAAUCAAACUGGGGGUAAAGUUUUCGCUUUAUCAGGUUCAGAGACUACUCCGGAGGAUCGAUUGAUUAAAGAUUGAGGAGUAGCUUGUGUACUUGGUGAGGAUUAGCUCGUCAAGUAGUUCGUUAGAGUCAGUUGGGUCAGUGUCAUGCUCUGGUCGUGUAACACCGGG